AUGCUCAACAGGAUUUUCUCUGUUUGCCUGCUUCUCAGUCUGUACAGUGCAGCCUCCUCCCUCAGCUGCAGAUGGAUGGAUCACAAAUUCAGUCAGCACAGUGAAAAGUCUUUGGAGCUACUAGACAGGAUGGAGAACAAUUCAACUAACACCACUGGGGAUGCUGAAGUGAAGAACACUGCAGCCUUCCCUUAUGAUCUGUACAGCCAGGCGUCCAAAGCAUCAGCUGAGGAGAAACUUGGCUUCACAGUUCAGAUUCUGGAGGAGGCGGCUGCUCUGUUUGAGGAGGAUCACAGCUCUGCAUCAUGGGAGGAGAGGACACUGGAGGACUUUCUCAGUGUUGUAACCCAGCAGGCUGACGGCCUUCGCUCCUGUAUUGGGAGCCACGGCCACAAGAAGAAGAACAAGAAGCUGCACAUGUAUUUCAAGAGACUCUCACGCCACGUCCUAGAGCAAAUGGGCCACGGUGCUGAAGCCUGGGAGCUGGUCAGGAAGGAAAUUAGAGACCAUCUGACGAGAGCCGACCUGCUGGUUUCAUCUCUACUCACCACCAACUAAAAUCUGUCAGAUUAACGUGUUCAUUUAUUUGCUUACACAAAGCUUAUUUAUUUAUCAAUUCAUUUAUUUAUUUAUGAAGCAGUUUAUUAGUUGAUUGGUUGAUAUUCUACAGAACUUCUUUAUAUUGUUUUCAGAUUAAGAAUGUGUUAAAUUAUUUGCUUACAUGAAGUCUGUUUAUUUAUUUAUCUAUUUAUUCAAAUAUGUAUUUUU